AUGGCCGAUGGUACUCGCUAUCUGGACCACUCUGUCGGAGAUCUCUACCUCAACUCUCUCAUACCGAAAGAAACCACCGCCAACGACGUCGCCCUUCUGAGCCUCCUGAGCCGCUUCAUCCCGACCGACCCUUCUCCAAACCACGCUUCCAACCCGACUUCACGGGCCAAUCUGCUAGGGAUGUUCUCCCAGAAUCACCAGCAGGGCCACAACUCCCGCAUCAAUGGGGCCCCCGGCGGCCGGGGCAUCCCCAUGCUGUACAACUACCAGCAGCAACAGCAACAGCACCACCAAACUCACCUCCAGCACCACCAGGCUGCCCAGGCGGAACAUGCCGCCCACAAUGGCAACGGCGGCGUCAUGGGCCACCAUUCAGCAUUCACCUCGGGGGUAAUGGGGAAUUCUAGUCCGUACAGCUCCAACGCCAUGCAGAACGGCCAGGUCGGCGCUACGAGGGGAGGUCAAGCACAGCAGAUAACCGAGCACUGGGCGGAACAACUCCGACUGUACGAUGAAUCCAAGCAGGCCCAUCGUGCAAUGACCGAGCAGAACCAACCCCACUACUACGCCAGGCUCAAGGCCUCCGAGAACCGGGGCAUCGCCGGCCCCCCACCCACCUCAGGCAAAGCUGGAGACGACGAGACGGAGGAUAGGAGACGGCCGUACGCCCUGGAGAACAAGAAGGAACGGCAAAACUGGCAUAACAUGGACCUCAGUGGCCAAGGACUUCGAAACCUCGCCCCCGCCCUCUUCCGUUACCAAUUCCUCCACGACCUUUUCAUCGCCUCGAACCGCUUGCAAAACCUGCCACCCGCGAUCGGUCAGCUGCGCCAGCUGCGAUACCUCAACGUCUCGUACAACCAAAUCAAGAUCCUCCCCCCCGAACUCGGCAUGUGCACCUACCUCAACCAGCUGCUCCUUUUCGAGAACCAAAUCUCGACACUUCCCUUCGAAUUGGGGUCCCUACACCUGCUGGAGGUUCUCGGUAUCGAGGGCAACCCUCUCGACCAGGACAUGAAGCAGGAAAUAAUGGAAAAGGGCACCAAGAGCUUGAUCAACCUCCUCAAGGAGCAAGCUCCAGUGCCACUUCCCCCCGCCCCUCGAAAGUGUAUUACGGUUCAGGAAGAUGUAUCAUCUACUUUGGAAAGAGUCAGGGUAUUCUCUUGGAACAUUCUGUGCGACAAGUACGCCACGCCGCAAACUUACGGGUACACGCCGACGGGCGCCCUGAACUGGGAGUACAGAAAGGCGUGCAUUAUGGAUGAGCUGCGCGAGAAGGACGCCGACCUAGUGUGCUUGCAGGAGAUAACGACCGAAGCCUUCAAGGAGGAGUUCAGCCCCGAGCUGGCACAGAUGGACUACAAGGGUAUCCACUGGCCCAAGACCCGAGCCAAGACCAUGACGGAGAAGGAUGCACAAGGAGUCGACGGAUGUGCAACAUUCUACAAGUCGAGCAAGUGGAUUCUGUUGGACAAGCAGGUGAUCGAAUUCGCCGCCAUCGCAAUCAACCGACCGGAUAUGAAGAACCAGCACGACGUGUUCAACCGUGUCAUGCCCAAGGACAACAUCGCGAUUGUGGCAUUCCUCGAAAGCCGAAUCACCGGUGCCCGCAUUAUCCUGGUCAACGGGCAUUUGGCCUUCGAAUCCGUUCUGGCAGACGUCAAGCUUAUCCAGACGGGUAUUUUAAUGGAACACAUUACGAAGCUAGCCGAAAAGUACGUUCGCUGGCCAGCCCUGAAGGACAAAAAGCCCAUUGUAUUCUCUGCUACUGCCAAGGAUGGAGAGGAGCCUCCCCCGCCGGCUAAGGAGCCCGGCCCAAGUCAAGAGUACCGUAACAACACCGACAUCCCUCUGCUGGUAUGUGGUGAUUUCAAUUCAACGGGAGACAGCUCUGUGUACGAGCUCUUGUCUAUGGGGAGAGUGGCUCCGGACCACAACGAGUUGUCAGGAUUUCAAUAUGGUAGCUUCACGCGAGACGGUAUCGAGCACCCCUUCAGUCUACGGGACGCCUACGCCCAUCUCAAGAACACACCCGACGAACUUCCCUUCACGAACUACACGCCCGGUUUCUCAGACGUCAUCGACUACCUAUGGUACUCUGGCAACACGUUCGAGGUGGUGGAUCUCCUCGGCCCGCCCGACUCUGAACAUCUCAAGCGUGUGCCCGCGUUCCCCAACUACCACUUCCCGGCGGAUCACAUCCAGAUCAUGGCCGAGUUCGUCAUCAAGGCCCGCAAGGAAAAGAAGACGCACCCGGAACCGGAUUUUGGAUCAGGAAGCCACGGGCACGGCCGGUAA